AUGGGCGUCCUCCUCCCAGCGUGACGCAAUGGAGGUGGGUCAAAUCCGCGUCAGGUUUGGCGAUGCGCGAGGAAAACUGUCCGUGACUCCGCGCGCAGUCAGUCAGCUCCUGCACUGGAGUACGCGGUGAGCGCGCGGCUGACUAGACCGCUGAGUGGAGUAGGUUCCCAGCCACACAAAGCGAGCCAGGAAGUAGGCUACACGCAGUCCAGAUCGUGCUGCCCGACUUUGCAGGCGAGCUGCAUGGAUAUAAUUUGUCGGAGGCCCCCCAAAAGCCGCUGGAGCACACGGAUGAAAUCUUAGAACCCUGGAUACCUAGCUAGUUAGCUGCAUAGCUGGAAUUAUUCUUGAAUGCACUACCUUGUUUUCGUAGUGCACUUACAUUUUUUAAGAUAGUUUGCUGUAUUUUUUGCACAUCGCUUACCUAGCUAUUGUUGCAAGAUUAGGUGGCUUGCUCGAUGCUUUUUUUCCGUUAGCUUUUGUCUGUGGCUAACAGCGUGUUCUGAAUCAAUGAAGCUUGUCGUCUGAAUGACUUUGGUGCUAUUAUUAGCGAGGUAUGGAAGCUAGCGAGUUGGCUGUACAGUUUUCCUAUCGUAACCGACAUUGUUCCCGACACUGCCACUGAAAUAUUGAUACUGUUUGACUGCCAGUCAGCUUUCGAGCCAAAAGCUGACAGUGUUGUAAUUUUGUAAAGCAUCUAGUCGGUUAAUACAGAGAACCAAGUUUUAGUAGCCCGACAACAUCCAAUGGACCGUGGACCAUGCAUUGUUUUAGCUGACCGGUGAAACUGAGAAGUUAGCCGGCUUUUCAAACAAAAUAUUCCAUUGCAUUGUCUCUACGAAAAAGAAUGUAUUUACGUUCUAAUAUUGUUCUUUCUGGAGAUAGACUGUUGGACGUGGUUUAGUUAGCUUGCAGGGCACAACUUUAAAUAUCGCUUCUGUUUGCACAUUGUUAUCGCUACUUUCAUGACACUGAUAGAUACGCUAAGGGCUGGACCGUUUUAGUAAGCGAGGGAGCAAACUUUAAAAGCUUCAGGCAGCGUCGGUGCGACACUGAUAAGUUCAAGGUUAACCUCGCUGGAAUCCUCGCACGAGAAGACCCAGAUUUUGUCGGGGAUACCACACCGAACACUCAUGAACAUACAGAGGUCAACCCCCAUUAACAUAACACGUUAUGGGAGAUCGAGACACAAAGCGCACGACUUCGAGGAGCUCUCUUGCUUGAGGACUACAGAAUCCGUUCAAAGUUUUAGCCCGAAUUUGGGAUCCCCGAGCCCCCCCGAGACGCCCAAUUCUUCGCACUGCAUUUCUUGCAUUGGGAAAUACCUUCUGCUGGAGCCGCUGGAAGGAGACCACGUUUUCAGGGCGGCUCAUUUGCACAGCGGCGCGGAGCUCGUAUGCAAGGUGUUUGAUAUCACUCGAUAUCAGGAGUCUCUGGCAGCGUACUUUUGCCUGUCUGCGCACAGGAACAUAAACCAAAUAGCGGAGAUUCUUCUCGGAGACACAAAGGCCUACGUGUUCUUCGAGCGGAGCCAUGGGGACAUGCACUCGUUCGUGCGCGCCUGCAAGAAGCUGCGCGAGGACGAGGCCGCGAGACUGUUCCAUCAGAUAGCCUCGGCCGUCGCGCACUGCCAUGACAACAGCCUGGUCCUGAGAGACCUCAAGCUGCGGAAAUUCGUCUUCAAAAACGAGGACAGGAGCCUGGUGAUGCUGGAAAGCCUGGAGGACGCCUGCGUUCUGCGGGGGGAGGACGACUCGCUGUCGGACAAGCACGGCUGCCCCGCCUACGUGAGCCCGGAGGUGCUGAGCGGGGGCGGGAGCUACUCGGGCCGGGCGGCGGACGUGUGGAGCCUGGGCGUGAUGCUGUACACCAUGCUGGUGGGCCGCUACCCCUUCCACGACCUGGAGCCCGGCUCGCUGUUCAGCAAGAUCCGGCGCGGCCACUUCAGCCUGCCGGAGAGCCUGUCGCCCAAGGCCCGCUGCCUGAUCCGCAGCGUCCUGCGCCGGGACCCCGCCCAGCGCCUCACCGCCCGCGAGGUCCUGGACCACCCCUGGCUCGCCUCCUCCCUGGACGCCCCGCCCCAGCCCGGCCCGGCCUACGGGCGCGGCGGCGCCGACCGGGGGUCCUGGGACCAGCUGGUGCCCGACGUCAACAUGCAGGAGGAGCUGGACAAGUUCUUCAGCUGAGGCGGGGGCAGGGGGGGAGGGGAGGGGGCGGGGGGGGAAGGGUGGGGUGUCGCUAUGGCGAUGGACAUUGCUUGGAGAGUAGCAAGGAUUGGGUGGGGGGGGGGGGAUAAAGAGACAAAUCAAAAACUCCUUGUUCUGGCGUGAUGGAGUGGCUGUGGCGGCCUGAUUCGGUGUCGGACCGAUCGGUGUCGUGUCGUGUGAACAGUCCCAAAGCGAAGCGGCGCUCGUAGGGUCAGGCCGGCUCUCCACCAAUGAAGCGGCAGAAUCGCCAGAACCCGUUACAAUAUGUACUAAUACUGAAGCACAUUUCACAUCGGAUUGUUUCUCUUCUUCUUUUUCUUCUUUUUAUUUCUUUUUGGGUCAAUCUGGGAUUUCCUUCCUACCUCUGAUUGGUUGGAGGAGAUUCCAUUGAGGACAUUAGUGUUAUUUUACCCAUAUAAAAUGCAGGUGCUAUCUUUUUAUUUAUUUAUUUUUCCUGUAGUUUUUUUUUCAGUAAUCUGUACAAUUUUUGGUGCAAUUUCAGUCAGAUUAUCCUGCUUCCUGCUUCCUGCUUGAUUUUUUGUAUAAUUGUAUUUAAGCUCCGCCCCCUGGAUGAUGGCUCUCAUUGGGCUGUAGUAAUGGCAGGCCUGCUCCCUGCUCCUGUACCCUGAACUCGCCCUAGUACCCUGACCCCACCCCCGUACCCUGACCCUGCUCCUGUACCCUGACCCCGCCCCCUUACACUGACCCUGCCCUAUACCCUGACCUCGCCCCAUACCCUGACCCCACCCCCGUACCCUGACCCUGCUCCUGUACCCAGACCUAUUUAGCGCUGAUUAGCAUCCACCUCGUUAGCGAAUGACUCCUCUCAUAGCAAUGUGAUGUAUUUAUGUUUACCUUCUAAUUUCUUGACACCAAAAUGCAUCUUUUUUCUUUUCCCCCCCCCAAUUUUUAUUUAAAUGCUAACACAUAAAUAGUAUCAUUCUAAACUGAUUUAUUCAAUAAAUUUUUUUCAGAUUUUCGGUUAGUUUUGGUGCUCAAAUGGCGAGAUUUCGGGGCGAUGCAGCCAACGCCGCCAGUCCGGUACCUCUCCUCUGCAGCCCCAGAGGACCCUGUGAACUGACCGUGUUUUUGGGGGGGGGGGGGAGGGUACAAGUGGCCGAUUCGUAGUGCUUCAAUGUUACUUGAAUUAGUGUUUUUUUUUUUUUUUUUUUUGGUUUUUGUUUUAAUUUUAGUCUGUGGCAUGUGCCCUAUGAAUGCUAUCGCCUGCCUAGCGGGGAAACAAAAGAAGCUUUUUUAAAAAUAUUAAUGAAAAACUAUAAAGCAGAGGAUGUUUAAAAUUCUCAGAGGAUUUGUAAAAAACCAAGGUUUGCUUUUUAAAAUGUAUUGCUUUUUUAGCCUCUUUGUUUGACAGGUACAGACAGUGAUCUGCAUCCAUAGUAGUGCUGGAUUGGUGCUGAUGUUGAAGGACAUCCUUUCAUUUGGUUUCUUUUGGGGGGGGGGGGUAUUUGGGGGUAAUUUGGGCGGGUUUGGAGAACUCUGCAUGGUAGGAAACUCCUGCCUCUGGUGUUUGAUUGUAAUGUAUCAUAUUUGUUGUUUUGUCCAGAUUUAUUCAGUAAAUAAAUUGUGAUCUGCACAUUGCAUUUCA